GGGGGUGUUUAUACUUGGAAUUGGUCGAAUAAUCGAGUUUUUUAAAUGUUUGACAAAAUCUUUAAAAAUUAAAUUCAAUACUCGAUCUGCCCUCCCCUUCUCCAUAUGUUUUUUAUCAGUCUACCCUUCCUUAUCUAACAAUACAAAUCCCUAUUAUUCUAACUUUUUCAAUUAUUAAAUUAGUUACGUUGGGGAAAUAAUAUUUUAGAAAAAUGUUUUUGAACUUUUGGGGUCGGGAUUGUAAAUAUAUGUAAAUACCUAGAAUUUUUUAAAAUUUCUCUUAUUUUAUUCGAACAAUUAAAAUAUAAAAAGAACAAAACAAAAAUAAGAAAAUGUUUGGGAAUAUUUUGGCAAUAAAAGGCUCGGAUUUCUUGAAAAAGAAAAUAUUUUUGAGGGGUUUUCCUCCUUCCUUUUUUUAUUUUCUUUUUAAUUUUUCUUUUAAAUUUUUAAGUGAAAGUCAAGCAAAAAUGCGUUGUAAAUUGCAAUUAACAGCUUUAAAAAUUGUUUCAAAAAAUUCCCUUCCUUCAUUAUUUUUACGUUCAGCAUGUGUUGCUUCUACACUUUUAUUAAUUGCUUCUUUAGUUAAUUAUCACCGAACAGAAGUUAAAAUUGCUUUAAUUGAUAGCGGGGCUGAAUUUAUCGAAAUAUUUAUUUGUGCAAUCUGUCCGUUCCCGGGAAGUGGCACUAUUUCUUGGCCUUAUAUUUCUGCAGAUGAGCACAGUUUUACAAAAGUUUCUGUCCCUUUGGAUGUUUUGUUGGCCGUCCCUAUGUUUUUACGUGCUUAUUUGCUUUGCCGUUUUAUGGUAUUACACUCUAGACAAUUCCAGGAUGCUGCUACUCGUUCAAUUGCUGCAUUAAAUCGAAUAUCAAUGGAUUUUCGUUUUGUAAUUAAAACAAUGAUGUUUACUCAAUGUGAACGUUAUAAUGGAAGAGAAGCAAGUACUGAAUAUUAUUAUAUGAAUUCUCUUUGGUUUAUUAUGGUUACUUUUAUGUCUAUUGGUUAUGGAGAUGUUGUCCCAACAAGUUAUUGUGGCCGUUUACUUUCAAUUACUACAGGGAUUGUUGGGGCGGGGGUCUCUUCAGCAUUAAUUGCCGUUAUUUCUCGAAAAUUGGAACUUUCCCGUGCAGAAAAACACGUAAACAAUUUUAUGGCAGAUUCUAAAUUAACAAAUGCUCGGAAAAAUGCUGCCGCUUCUGUUCUACAACAUACUUGGUUUAUACAUAAAUAUCAACAAAGAAAUGGACAUAAAGGGGAUGAAAUUAGAUUAAGACAACAUCAAAGAAAAUUUUUAAAUGCAAUAAAUGAAUUUAGAAGAAUUAAAUGGGAUCAAAGAAAAUUACAAGAAAGGGGGAAUUCUUUAUUGGAUGUUGGAAAAUUACAUACAGAAAUGCACGAAACACUUUGGGAAAUGCAUAGAACACAAGAUCAAUUUGUUGGAAUGAUUGAAAUCUUAACUCAAAGAAUAACAGAAUUACAACAAACAGUUUUAAAUACUUCAAAUAUCCAACAACAACAAAUAUAUCCAAAUAAUCAAUUAUUUCCCCCAAAUAAUGACAGAAAAAUAUCUACAGGAACACAAUUACGUGUACCUUUAAAUAAUUGUAGAAAAGUUUCAUCAUCUACUACUAAUCACCAAAAUUCAAUUCCUCCCCAACAACAACAACAUCCAAAUAAUUUAUUUCUAAAAACCCAUCCUUCAAUAGACAAUUCAACAACAAAAAAACAAAAAACUUUAAAUAAUUCAAUAAUUAUUAGUGGGUUUGAAUCGAAUUUAGGUUUAACUAAUUCUUUGUCUUCCCCUUGCUUACAAAAAAGUCAACAACAACAACAACAAACAAUUUUAAAUAAAAUGAGGGUUUUGGUACAAAAUGAAGAUGAAUGUAUUCCUUUAAUGAAUGAUGGGGAAGGGGGAGGGGAAUUAAUGGCUUAAAAAAAGAAAAAAAUAUUUUUGAAAAAAUGGGUAUAUAUUUAAUGUUGUGAUUGCU